AGUAAACAAAGCAGACAAGCAAGAGGAGGGAAAAGCACCCUGACGGUUUUUUUUUUGAAGUAAAAACAGUCAAAAUUGUCUCCAACACAACUGUCAUGAAUAUAUUGUAAAAAUGUGAAGUAUCUUCGACAGUUGGAAACGUAAAUACAAACGUUUGUAUUUAUAAGAGCAAUGCCUGGAGGUCGUAACAGGUUGUGUGGUAGCCGAAAUGGAAACUUCUAGGCCUAGCAAAUAUGGCAAAUUAGACGUGACUUAAUAUGUGUACUUUUUUUUUUUUACGGCCAAACUAUUACACGCCCCGCUAAUAUAGUGGAGAUAACGUAACCUUAGACUCAACCCUCUUGUUCAGUUGGCUAAAUUGUCUCCCCAUUUGUGUGUGUAAGGCGCCAUCAUCAUGAUGACCACCAAAAGGCUCGACCACUUUGAGGUGUUGUGCGAGUGGUCUUCAUGCAGCUACAGAGGACACAGCAUGGAGGAGCUCAGUGAUCACAUGUCUCUGCAUCUAAGGGACUAUCUGGGAGACAAGGAUGCUCUGGAGGAACUGGAUGAAUAUGCCUGCCUGUGGAAGGGCUGUGAGUUCCUCUCCAUGGGCAGCCCCGCAGAGCUGGAGGUCCACGCUUACUUCCACAACUAUCACGGCAAGCUCAAGUUCGUCGGUUCGCAGCUGCUCAAGUCCCGCCCCGACCUCCCCGGCUGCAACGAAGCGGUGCACAGCAACAACCUUUUACCGGAGGGAUCUGACGGACAUGUUUGCCAGUGGGAGAAGUGCGACAGUACAUUUAACAACCCCGAGUGGUUCUACCGCCAUGUGGACAAUCAUGUUGAAAGUGCCGAACAGCAGCCUCUCUCAUUUCAACAGCAGGCUCUCUUCUGCCACUGGUCAGGCUGCGACGCCUUCUUCAAGAUUCGCUAUCGUCUGAGGGAACAUAUGCGCAGCCACACUCAAAAGCGACUGGUGGCCUGUCCCACCUGUGGUAGCAUGUUCUCUAGCAACACCAAGCUCUUCGAUCACCUCCACAGACAGGCCGAGCCAAUGGAGUCUCUGGUGUGUGAGCACUGUGGCAAAGCCUUUUCCAGUGAGAGACUUUUGAGGGAUCAUGUGCGUCAGCAUGUCAAUCAGGUCAAGUGUCCUUUCUGUGAUAUGACUUGCACCACGUUGGCUGCUCUGAAGAGCCACAUCCGGUUCCGUCACUGUGACGAGCGACCCUUCCCUUGUGACUUCUGUGAUAAAAGAUUUAAGAACCAGCGUGACCUCCAGAAGCACACAGACGUCCACAACGAGGGUUCCGUGUUCCACUGCUCCGUAGAAGGCUGCGAGUAUUCCUGCCAGACAUUCCAAACCAUGAACCGUCACUUCAAGAGGGUGCAUGAGGUUGGGGGGAUGUCCAAAUAUAAAUGUCACAUUUGUGACAAGGUGUUCUCCUGGUGUUACACGCUCACUCUUCAUCUACGAAAGAAGCACGAGCUCAAGUGGCCUUCAGGACAUUCACGUUUCAGAUACAGGAAGGAUGUAGACGGCUUCUUGAAACUAAACAUGGUGCGCGUGGAGACGGUGGAAGUGAGCAAAGAGAUCAUGAAGAACAUGGCCAAGAAACCUCCCAGCCUUCGGAAGAGUCCGAGAACCCGCAGCGAGAGAGCCGCUGCUACGCCCGACAGGGGGCAUGCCUCUCCGCCGUCAUCUUCCUCCGCUUCAUCCUCCGCUUCGCCAUGCUCCUCAGAACAGUCGGCAAGCCCGCACGGCGGUGGCGGCGACUCACCCGUCUACUGCAUCAUGAGCACCAUUCCUCACAUCGAGGACGAAGCUGGCGGGCCCGCACAGGAGGACUGUGAGGCCGGGGGGACAUCUGGAGCCGUGCAGGCGCUGACGGCGGUGGCGAGAGGUCUGGGCAUGGACGUGGUCUGACUCCUAACAGUAGGCUUACAUCUUACAUCUUUUUUUAAUAAAACAAAGCUGCUGCUUUACAGUUAGCAGUGACUCCUUUGUACAAUAUAAUAUAAAACAACAUUUUAAAAUGUUCUUUUUUUAAUAGAUGUCACAUUUUAUCAUCUGGAUUAUAUUUGAUAAUUUAUUGAUUUAGAUAGCUGUCAAACCCAGCACAUUUUGGAAAUUAAAUUAUAUUUACAGAUGUUUUUAUGACAUGUUCAUCAGUUACUGUAGUAACUUGGUAGUGUAGCUUGAUUUUCAUGGGACUUUAAAUUUGGAAUGAUGGUGUCCCAAUUCAAACUCAUUACAAAUCCAGAUGUAUGUACUAUACAUUAAAAAUGUACACAGGAAGAUAUGUGCACAAUUGCAAAAUCAAUAGGCUUGUUUUGACAAGUCACUGCACACAAAAAAUCGUUGCGAUUCGGAUUCACCUGGAUUUUAAAUCGACUCAUAAUUUUACAU